AUGUUUCCUUUCUGGGCUACCGAGUCAAGGGGAAAUGACAAGACGUUAACGUUAGAUGCAAGCCAUCCUACGUCUUUGGAUCUCGCCGAACCAUCCGUGUCCAGCGUGUCAGCUCUUCCGACCGCGUCGGGUCUUCCGACGCCCAUCUCUCCCGCAUCCACCCACUCACUGAAGCGAAGACGGCUGAGCGCUGUUGAUACCGCUUUCCAUGGCCAUGGUCACUCGUCGAAGCGCAUCAAGACAGAGCAGGAUGGUGGUUUACCUUCGCCGACCUCGACCUAUGCAGGCGGGAAUGAGGCGGCAAGGCCGUCCAAGCUCGCCGCCUCCGGGCCUAAUCUAGAACGUGCAAAGGACGUCAUCCAAUAUCAGUUUGGACUUGAAAUCCUGAUGAAGCAUGACGAGCUCCGUCUCAUCAACCAGGAGCUGGCCAAGUGUCAGAUUGCUCUCGAGCAGCUUCGCCGGUGUCAUCUCAUCCCCUACCCUGUCCAGUGUCCGACACCCAGUCAGAUGCUGGACAUCAGCAGUGGCAAGGGUCCUGCUCUUCAGUCGAAACCAGGAGAGUCUGUACCGAAGUGGGCGCCACCCUUCGGGGUUGUUGACGGCCCGUAUUCUCGGCACUACGCUAAGUGGCUGAUACCCGAUCCCAUGUUUGACGGUAUUCAACCGGAGCCAGUCGUGGAGACUGCCCGGGCAAGGAACGCCGUUGCUGAAGGCAGAACGACGAGGAAUAGCAUGUCUGACGCAGGUGGUCUAGGAAAACAACGGUCUGCCCGCGGGCAGGGCACCCAGAAACUCCAAGCGUUAUCCAGUGGAUAUUCGCAUCCCAAGGAUAAAUCACUGCCUUGCAUCGUGAAACGGUCGGAUGGGAUGACGGUCAAGCUCGUCUGCCUUGAUUGUCACAGGUGGAACUUUUCGAGCACGCAGGGCUUCAUCAAUCACUGCCGUAUAGCCCAUCGGAGAGACUACAAGAGUCACGACGAAGCCGCCCUUCAUUGUGGGCAGCCCAUUGACGUUGAUGAGAUUGGAGGUGUUGCUGCUGAGGAAAGAAAAGCUUUGCCUCCCAUCGUUCCAAGCGUUCCAAAUACUACCAGCCCCGCUUUGGUGCACCCGCUGGCGCGCAGCGAACCCCUUUCGGAACAGCAGGCGUACAAGGCGUUGCUCUCGCGUAUCAAUGCGUCACUGGAGCUAUACCAUGCCGGCCAGCUCCCAGAUGUGAAGAAGAUACCAACCGCGCUACCAGCAUCAUCAUUGGUGUCUUCCAACGCACCAGAUUUUGUUGGCUCGUCCGACACGCCGUUUUUGACGAAGCUGAUGCAAAAGAAGAAGGUUGGGGGUAAUCUGAGUGAGAAAGUAAAGGAUGCAAAGACCAAAACAGAUUGGGACGCAGUUCUGUCGCGUAACGAUUCUGAAGAUACCGAUCAAUCGAAUGCCGCAGAAGGUACUUCAAGCUCCAAGAAGCCUGACACGUCGACAGCGCGGGUAUCAGCCGUCAUGCGCAAGCCGGCCUCGUCUACCAUUCCUCCUCCGCCAUUCUCGAGGAUUUCCACUUCCCCCGUCCCUCUACCAACAACGAGCAUAGGUCGUGCUCCGGCCCACUUGACCGGCUUGCCCAUCACAGCUACUAGGCAGAGCAAUCCACCAGAUCACCCCGAAACGCCCAUAUAUGAGGACGACAUAGACACAGAGUUGAGUCCGAACACCGUCGCUAGCAAUAAUGCGCCCUCACUUGUUAGUGAUGAUGGGGAGUAUGAUGAUUCCGACGAUGGAUCUUCCUCCGACACCAGCGAUGAAAUUGAAACUCGGUCUGUCUCGGAUGUGGCAGAAAUUAAUAUUGAAGAGGAUGUUCAUGACGUGGUUGUCGCGCCUCGCGCUCAAAUUUGUCAGCACCGAAAAGAAACCACGACCGACAGGACAGGUACCGGGAAAUUCAAAAACGACGAGAGCCGACAUGUAACAUUUGUAACCCCUGUUCCUCCGCCGAAGCCGAAUACCAAGGCCAAGUCCAGGGCUACUGGCGGCAACAAGCGCAAGCAAAAGUCUUGAAAAUACUCAGGAACAGUGGUUCACGUUUGAUAUCUGAGGAGGGCAGGAACCUCAUUCGCCACACCGUCACAUCUGUGACCGUCUCCGAGAUCAUCCCCUUGGUGGCUUGAGCAGGGACAAACCUCCCAUGUAUACUUUACUAUUUACGAGAUGUUACUACAUUUAUUUUAAUGCCGAGAUGAACAAGGGAACAGCGUUUUGGGCUUCGAAAUAGGAAGGAACGCUCAUAGCUUAUGAUGUUUGGGUCCGGCAAUUUGUGAUUUUAUGAGAAGCGCUUUUUCCACUUUUUAUCUUUAUUCUUUCGUGUCCCUCUCAGUCACUCAACAGGGAUUAUCAUCCGAAACAAACGAGAACGGUCAAAUAAAACAAAUCUCGAUUGGAUCUUCUUUUCUUGGCAGCAUACUAUUAUAUCAAAGCAACUUCUGUCGUAUAUAGCUAUAGCUGUCCAGUCUACUUGA